AUGGCAGAGCAAGCCCUAUUCUCGUCCGACCUCAUUUCUCCGGAUGUUUCUGCUGCCCUCCCCGAAGGCUACACAGCUCGUGCCCUACGAGUAUCUGACUAUGAUGCCGGUUUCCUCGAUUGCCUUCGCGUCCUAACCACCGUCGGCGAGAUCACCAAAGAGCAAUUUGCAGAAAGAUAUCAGUGGAUGGCAUCGCAAGACACAUACUACGUUCUUGUCAUUGAGGACACCGCCAGAUCGCAGGUUGUAGGGACUGGAAACCUUCUCGUAGAAAGGAAAUUCCUUGGCUUAGUCGGCCACAUAGAGGACAUCGCAGUCGCCAAAGAUCAACAAGGCAAGAAGCUAGGUCUUCGCCUAAUCCAGGCUCUCGAUUUCAUUGCCGAGAAGGUCGGUUGCUAUAAGACCAUUCUCGACUGCAGCGAAGCGAAUGAAGGUUUCUACGUCAAGUGCGGAUUUCGAAGAGCUGGGCUAGAGAUGGCCCAUUACUAUAACAACGAUAAAAGUAAGGCUUAA